AUGGAGGCUGUAGAGGAGAGUACGGACGUGGCUGUAGAGGAGAGUACGACCUUGGCGAGUGCGGAGUUGUCUGGUAAACUGAAGUCGGAAGGAGUUAGAUAUCAAUAUAGCGGAUUUGGUAAUAUCUUAGUGCCACUGGGAACGUCAUUCCUGAUCGGAUUGAUCUUUUCAAUAGUGAUUGUGAUGUUACAUAUACCAUUAACGAACGUUGUCUUGGAAUGCAUCAAGAGUAGAGAUCGUCAACGUCAAAGAAAUACCUCAGCUGAAACGAAGAGUGUUGACAAAAGUAAAAGUAAAGACAAAGCGAGUAAGGAGGAUGAAAAGGAGAGCAGUAAAAAGGAGAGCAGUAAAAAUGAAAGUAAAAAUGACAGUAAAAAGGAAAGCAAAAGCAAAAAUUUAUAA